AGUCAGUAGCCGGUUGGUUUCACAGCUUGUGGACGGCUACAUGCCCACUCCGCGCUGCAGAAAACUCGUUAAUCUUCAACUAUAAUACUUUAAAAAGAGCGAUCCCAUUCACUACGCAUGGAAACAAAAGUGAAAUUUUGGGCUCAGCGUCUGUUUCUACUACUACUCGAAGUCUACGUCUGUGGCGAUGGCUCACAGAGACCACAGUGUUCUGUUAAACUUGGGGAAAUAUGUGCAUCUUCUGACAGCGACACCGAGCUUCAGUUCCAACAAACUCUUACAUGCAAUAAGAAUGAUCACUGGAGAUUGAAGAAAAAUGACAAAGACAUUUACUUCUGUCGAUAUGGACACCACGACUUCCCUGACGACUCUGAGAGAAGCAACCUAAAUUUCACUAAAAUGAGUGGUUCAUUUAAGGUUGUGAAAGUGCAGCAGUCAGACACAGGACUGUAUAAGUUAUGUGACCACAAUGACAAAUGCACAUGUGUUCAACUGGUCAUGAGACCAGAUGGAAAAAGUUGUGACGAAGCACCAGAAGGUCACAAUGGCCAAGAGAUGAAUACAUCUUUAGACUCAAUUAACCCUGCAAACAAUAGUAGCAUCAAUGGAACCAUAAGUGGAAGGCUUUGUCAAAUUCUGUUUGUUCUUGUUGUUGUUCUUGUUGUUCUUGUUGUUGUUCUUGUUGUUCUUGUUGUUGUUCUUGUUGUUCUUGUUGUUGUUCUUAUAAAGAAGAAUCGUGAAUCAACACAAGCACAGCACACGGAUUUGGAAAUGGGUGCAAGGAGUGAAGCAGCGAGGGAUGAAGAAAGGAACAACCAGGAUAUGAUCAACCCUCUGCUGGGAAGCAGAGUGCAAAGUGAAAACACUGCCUCAUGAUGGAAAACUGCUUCAUCACCUUCCUAACACAACCACAGAGUAAUCUUCUUACAAUCCUUCCAGCUCCUCUGCCAAACGAAUGUCCAAAAAUCUCAUAAACAAGCUCUCCUUUUUUCUUUCUUUCUUUUUAAUUUGAAAAGGAUUCAUAGUUGAAUCAAGGAUGUUAAAGUUAACUAAGUAAAAAAGUAAAAAUACUAUCAAAGAAAAAUAUUCGCAAUUCACAACAUUUUCAAACAAGCAUAAAUGAAUAAACCCACCCUGUAAAUUACCAGAAUCUAAAAUGAUUGGAAAACAAAAAUUUUAAAUCAAAUUAUGGCAGCAGCACUUGUUACUAUAUUCUCCAUAUUUAUCUAAUCUUCUCCAUACAUACUCACCCCCUCGUACACUUCGCUCUUCUUCAGCUUCCCUUCUGUCUGUUCCACCUGCUCGCCUGACUACUAUGGAACUCAGAGCCUUUAGUUGUUCUGCCCCGAGACUUUGGAAUCCACUUCCACCAGAUCUCCGGACUGCAAACCGUCUCACCACUUUUAAAUCAAGUCUCAAAACCCAUCUAUUUAGAAUUGCCUACCUUUCAAAAUGAUUCCAUCUUAGUCUAGUUUUACCUUGCUUAGCUUUUAUACUUUCAUGGCUUUUUUUCUUCUCAUUCACCUUAUGUUUAAAUUUUAUUUUGCUAUGUUUUAUUAUAUUGUAUUGUUGCUACUGUUAUUGUACUAUUGUAAGGUGACCUUGAGGGUCUUAAAGCUGCCUAUACAUAAAAUAUUCUUAUUAUGUGAUAAGUCCUUUAUACAACACUGGAAUAACAAACUGAAGAAAAUCAUUUUUAAAGUGCUCAAAUGAAGACCAGUGAUGCAGACUUAAAAAUAUUCAAUUGUGUUAAUUCUUUAGGUUUGUCUUAUUAUGUCUUAUUAUCCUCUGUGCUCUGUUCGUGUCCCCGAGUUUUGUGUGUAAAACAGUCUGUGAGUUUCCUUUUUUUACUUUGUGGGUCUGUGUUUCAUCUUGUUAAUUAGGUUCAGCUGUGCUCCCUUCCUGUGUGUCAUUUCCUCAUUACCUUGUGUGUAUUUAUAGUGUGUGUCUACCUGUGUUCCUUGUCGCGCCGUCUGCAUUACUCUGUGUUAUUUUGGUGUUUCUCCAUGUCUCUCUGCUCGUCGCCUCGUGUCCUCCCUUUGUGUUAUGAUUUCCGGUUUGGUUUUUAGUUUUCCCAGUUUAGGUUUUGCCUGGCUUGUUCUUCAUUUCCCAUUUGUCACUUUGCAACACUGUAAAUAAACCGCACUCUCAUCUCCA